CCGAUACAUGGUCUUGUUUUAUUUUUCUACUUUUUUCUUCUCUCUUGUAAGGAAAGCUUUUGAGUACCUUCGAUUGUCUUGUCCACCUUCAAUAGAGCUUCCUUUGGAUGAAUUGUGAUCUCAUUCUUUAUCUCUCUUUUCUUCGUUUAAUUCUUAUUCUAUAUAUUGAGUGAAAUCUACUUGUGUUCUAAUUACUUUCAUUGACAGUAUUCCUAUGAACUGUAAGUUGAUUCCCUCUUUCAACUGCCCACUGUACGUUACCAGAUACGAACAUCUCGAAUUUAGAAAUUCCUCAGUUUUCUUCUAAUAUACAAGAAUAAGCGACUCAAUCAGUAUUUCUCUUUUUUCUGAAAAAUCACUCAUAAACAAAAAACAAACGUUGACGAAAACAAAACUUACGUCGUUGUUUGACUAGAAAAGUUCCGGUUCCUUGACAGAAGUCCUUUUUGAGACAUGAAAACAUUGCUCCAUGCCUGCAUCGUCUUCGAAUAAUUUGCCAGAUUCUGACAUAAACUGUUGUUUCCCUAUAAGUCAUUUCUUUAAACGACUGUUGAAACGAAGAUCCAUAUCAAUUCCCGUUGUUCGUGUGCAAGAAGCAACUCCUCGUAAUUCUUCUGUAGCUUAUGAUCAGCGUUAUGGAAAAACGACUCCCUCUUCUUCUUCUUCUGCUAGAUAAUGUCACGCUCAUUUGCUUCAGAGAAACACAAAACCCAACGAUGAAAUUGAGGAUGUUUCACAAUGCGACUUGGGCGCUAUUAAGAUUACGUGGAUUAUCCUUUUAAUUUUUUUGUCUUUUAAUCUUUUUCAUUAAAGUUUUUCGAGUCCUUUUGUAUGAAUGAUCUUUGGAAUUGGACUUUUUAUUUAUUUAUUUAUUUGCCUAUUUAUUCGAUAUCUUUAUCGUUUUUCUGAAUUUUUGACUGCUUCUACUAUUGUGUCUGAUGAUGACACUACUUCCUCACUGUUUACAAGGUCAGAAAUCCUACCUCGGU